GCCGACGUUCUAUUGGCAAGAUAAAAUAAUACUCUUCCUCUUGGAGCUCCAUCGUCAUCGUCUCCCAGAAGUCAGAUCGUGGACCAAUUUGUCUGCAAACAAGAUGUGAUUAGGGAUUGUGAAGCUUUGUCUUGCGGAAAAAAGAUGGACAUAAUCUCCCAAUUGCAAGAUCAAGUCAACACGGUCGCAGCUCUAGCCUUCAACACUUUCGGUGCACUCCAAAGGGACGCUCCCCCUGUCCGACUCUCUCCCAAUUACCCUGAACCACCACCUAAUCCCACCGACGAUGCGGCCGAAGCUCCCAACACCUCUGAACAACCCAAGCUCCUCGGCGCCGGUCUUGUCAAGGCCGCUAAACAGUUUGAUGCGCUGGUUGCAGCACUUCCAUUGUCCGACGGAGGUGAAGAAGCUCAACUGAAAAGGAUCGCGGAGCUCCAGGCUGAAAACGAUGCUGUCGGCCAGGAACUUCAGAGACAACUCGAAGCUGCAGAGAAGGAGUUAAAACAGGUCCAAGAAUUGUUCGGUCAAGCGACAGAUAAUUGCUUGAACUUGAAGAAACCAGAUUGAAGAAAAGUGAAACGCAUUGUCUUUUAAUCAUGCAAAAAUAUUAUUAGGGGAUGAUUUCAGCUUUCAAAAGUUAGUUGGUGUGUAGUGGAGGUUGUUGACGCAAAGCCUUCUAAUUUAGUGCCUUCAAUUUCACUGUCUUAAGUUUCAAACUCCAGAAAGAUGGUAAAGACAAUUUGCCUGUUUGGCAUUUUUUCCCCUCCAUAUAUAAGUACUUAUAUUUGGCAUGUUA